UCCGCUGCGAAAUUACGACAAAAAGGCCCAGAAAUGACCGAGUUGGAGAACAUAAAUCCAAAUAUCUACAAGAAAUGUGAGGAUCGAAAGCUCACCAAGGACGACGAAGAUGAAGACGUGGUAGAUCCGUUCGAUGAGCGGGAAAUUUUCGAUCUGAUUCGGAACAUCAACGAUCCGGAACAUCCGCUUACGCUGGAGGAGCUGCACGUGCUGGAGCAGAGCUGUAUCAAGGUGGACAACGAGAAGAACACCGUGAGCAUUUUGUUCACACCGACGAUUCCGCACUGCAGCAUGGCUACGCUGAUCGGACUCUCGAUUCGAGUCAAGCUUCUGCGAGCGUUGCCUCCUCGGUUCAAGGUUUCCGUGGAAAUCAAUCCAGGAACGCAUGCCUCUGAGCACUCGGUCAACAAGCAGCUAUCGGAUAAGGAACGAGUUGCGGCAGCCCUAGAGAACACGCACCUGAUGGAGGUUAUCAAUCAAUGUAUCUCGAGUCCACUGAAAUAAAGCGCCUGUGGAACUAGGUUUACAAUUAA